UCCAUUAUUUGAUCUUUUUAUGGAUCUUCGUAUCUUAUUAAGUAGUUAAAUGAAGUAUCAUCAAUUGAGAAAUGACAAUAAGUGAUGUUCGAUAUCGCUUCUGUGCGCAGAGUAUCGAAAGGAACCUCUCGGAGAAGUUCCGGGCCUCGGCAGCCCUCCUUUCUUAUCUAUUUUCAUAUAUAAUAUAAAGAGAAUAGAAAGCGUACUGACUCUGACUGCUAUCUACAAUACGAUCAGGGGGGAAUAGCACAAGGGCUUAAGUCAUCGAUUCAAAUCCUAUCUUUUUUUUCGGUAUGCCGCUCCACGAGCAAGGAGCAAGAAAACAAAGUGGGCUGUGGUGAUGUCAGAAUUUGCACCUACUUGUAUCUAUUUAGUGAUUAGUCCGCUAGUUACUUUGAUCCCACACAGUGUUCCUUUUCCAUUUGCUUCCAAUAGUUUGACCUAUCCAGAAAAAUUGUCGUCCUACGAAUGUGGUUUCGAUCCUUUCGGUGAUGCCAGAAGACGUUUUGAUAUACGAUUUUAUCUUGUUUCUAUUUUAUUUAUUAUCCCUGAUCCGGAAGUCACCUUUUCCUUUCCUUGGGCAGUACCUCUCAACAAGAUUGAUCCCUUUGGAUCUUGGUCCACGAUGGCCUUUUUAUUGAUUUUGACGAUUGGAUCUCUCUAUGAAUGGAAAAGGGGUGCUUCGGAUCGGGAGUAACCACUAGCGAUAGGGCAAAAAU